GAGAAAGGAAAGCGGAAAUUAUAAAAUGCCAUUCAACGCCAGUCACGUGGCUGGGAAAACAGUGGGGGACGGCGACAACAAAAGAAGCAGUGUGUUAUACCUGCUGCCCUUGAAAGGGGCAAGCUUCGCUCGGUUUCCCCACCACCACCACACCCCACCAACACACCACCACCAACACACUCCCAACUCUUUAAGGCGUUUCUGUGUGAGGAGCCAACGUAAGAGUUUGAGGCGAUGGAAAACCCCGAACGGCCACCAGAUGUAACUCGUCGCCGAUGGGCGGUAUGAGUGCGGUGAGGGGGUUGGUAUCCGCGUGCAUUUCCGUUACACCAAAAGGGCAGGGAAAAAAAAAAAAAAGUCGGGGUGAUGGCGGUGAUAGGUCAUGGAAUAAUUAUCAGCUGACGGAGCCGCGCUACGCAAACGAUCUGAAGGAUCUGAGCGCCGGGGGAUUUACCGCCGUAGUCGUUCCGUCAAUUAAAGUCGUGCCACCCCGUCUCCUUGGCUGUCCCGGUGACGUGAGUGGUACACUGGCAAUGACUAGAUCAUUGCGAACAUACCCGAUCGCGGAAGCUAAUUCUAAAAACUGUUUUUCUGGUGAUUGCGCGGCACAAACGCAGGUAGGUAGGAGAUCAGCGGUCAAAGAGUGUUUGGAGUAGAAUGAUUGUUUGGAAGUACCAUUUAAAGCGGAGCUAGGGACGAGUGGAGCAGAAUACAAAUUGAUUGUUUGCAAACAAGAAAGGUGUGUAGAGCAGAAUACCCGAUGUUGACCAGGAAACGGGAUGCAUUGAGUGGAUGCCACAUUAUCGAAUUGAUUAUGAGGAUGAAAGAUCAGAAGUGGGAAGCAAAGUGAUUGUUCUGGAGCGCAAAAGAUGUGUCAAGUGCGGUGCAGAAUGAACUAUUGUUGAAGAAGCGCAGAAAUAUGUGGAAAAAGAUAUAAAACAAUUGCUGAGGAUGAAGGAUACUAGGAUUGAAAUGCAAGAUGAUUGUGCAGGAAAAUGAAGGAGGUGUAGACUAGAAACAAAAUAAUGCUUCACGAAGACUAAUAGGAAACAAUUAGAACAGUGAAGGACACAACGGUCGUCUUGGGAGGUGGUGACCUUCUCAGGUGCUCUGCAGACACCUGAUACAGCUGUUUGCCUUGCCUUGUUUGAAGGGACCAGAGAACAAAGAACUAUCUGUGCCUGUUACUGAGGAUCAAGACACCAGUAAAUGGAUUUUUUUGCUGGGUGCAGUCCAUUAUUAAGUUUUGUUUUUGAUAUGCUACCUGUGGUUAAGUUAUGACAGGAGAAGAAUAAACAAACAUAUGGAUUUUUACAGAGCAUUGUACUACCUGAAUGUAAAACGCACAAAAGGUUAAUGGCAGUGCAUGCCAGUUAUAUGAUGAGGAAUUGCUGCUGAUAAGAUCAUGAUGGGAUUAAUAGAGUACAUGAAGAACUUGCCAGGCAUUGUUUUGGAUGAAAAUAUUUAACACUAAACAGCUUUUUCAACUAUAUACACUUCACAAUGGAUUAUCAUUGUGGACGUCAUUGUGAUUAUUUCAUUGAUGUCAUUCACAGCAUUAUGGAUAUGGAAGCAGAGGAGGCACUACACAGAGAAAAGAUGUUGGAGCAGAAGCUGAGCAGUCUUCAACAGCUGGUCAACAACACACAGGAAGCUGCAGAAAGUGGCUGGCAGGCUUUAAUUGAUGAAGACAAGCUGCUGUCUCGCUUGGAAAUGCUGGAAAAUCAGCUGCACAUCUACUCCAAGAACCACAGUGAAGACACUCUGCGACAAGAGCUAGCAGCAUCAAUUGAAGACAAAAUGAACUAUGAAACUACUGCCAAAGAAUCAUUGCGACGAGUACUUCAGGAAAAAUUGGAUGCUGUUACAAAAUUAUCAGAUCUUGAGCGCUCUUUGACCUCUGCUGAAGAUGAAUGCAGCCACUUGAAGGAAAUAUGUGAGUCAGGUCAAGAAGAGUUGCGACAAUUGGCAAAGCGAUACCAGGAUCAGUUGAAAGAAGUACAAGAACUUCAAGAAAAACUUCAGGAGGCCGAGAAAAGCCAUCAGGAAGAGCUGGAGCGGGCAGAGAAAGAAAAACAAGAACUAACUGAAAAACUAGAAGAUAUGAUGCAACAAGAAAGCACGCUCGCUGCCAAGAUUGAGUCACUUCAAGCAGAUAAUGAUUUCGCAAAAGAGCAGCUUGCAGCCAUGAAAGCAAAACUGGAGUCAAUGAAAGAGACCAACCAGGGAGAGGACAAAGUCAUCACCCUUGGUUUGGAUGAUAUUUCCUCUGAAGACAUCAUACCCAUCACAGAAAAGGACAGUGGGCCAGAAAAUUUAGAAGAUAAACUAAGAGAGCUUCAAGCACAAAUUGAAGUCUACAAAGCUAAAUUAGAAGAAUCAGAUGUCAAGCUUAAAGAAAGCAGAGACAAGAUAGAACAGCUUCAGAAAGAACUUGAGAUGGCUCAACUUGACUCAAGGCAGUACCUUGCCAAGAUGACUUCAUUAGAAGAAAAAGUUAAGCUGUCAGAUUUACAUAUGAACCAAAUGAUGGAAAAUGCCUUGGAUGGUUUGAAACUUCAGCUGAAGGAAUCACAAAAACAAAAUGAAAGUAGCAAUGAUCUUAUUCAGGCCCUGGAAGAUCACAUCCAGAAAAUUGAGAACCAGCUGCAUCAGCAACAGAAUGAAGUGUCCUUCGACAGGGUCACCAUGAGCUUCUCAGAUACCAGCUGUACUUUGGAUGGCAACGACAACCAUGACACUAAUAACGUGAAUAAUUCGGAAUCUAUGAACGCAGUCAAUGGAUAUUUGUUGGGAAGGUCACCUAUAGUCGAAGUGCUGGAUUCCAACCUUUUGUCGUCAUCUGUCACAUCUUGUACAUCUAGUCUUUCGGACUUUUGUGACAGUGAAAAAUUAAAAGAAGCACAGGAGGCUCAAAAGAAGGCAGAAGCAGAAAUACAGAAAUACAAAGAUGAAAUUAAAGAAUCCACACAGAAACUGAAGAAAUCCGGCGAUGAGGUUACUCAGCUAAAGACCCAGCUUUUCGACUCUCAGCAGCUGGCCAAGGAACGAGCAGACCUAGUGACUGAUCUCCAAGACCAGCUGAAGAAAGCAGAGGCAGCAACUAAAGAGGUGAAGCAGCAGAUUUUGGAACUGAGAGAUGGUCUCUUGGAAGAACAAGAGCAAACUCGAUUAAGCCACGAGGCUAUGGAGAAACUGCAAAGUCAGUUGGAAACAGAACGGACCAGGCAUAAGCAGACUCUGACAGAAUUGGAGGAGUCUAGAAGUCAGCUGCUAGCUGCACAACAGUCAGCCAAGCAGAGCCACAACGAAGCAGAACAGAUGCGCAACAAAGCCAAACACCUUCAAGAAGAGUUGGAGGCUGAGAAAAAGGAGCGGCAUGCGACAGCACGUCACUCCCAUGGGGAAUCCCCAUACACAGGCAGGCAGUCCGCUCGAAGCAAAGCAGAGUUUACAGCCUUAAAAGAAGAAUGCAGCAAUCUGCGAAAGCGUAUCCAGGCAAUUGAGGCAGAGAUGAAAAUGUCCCGCAAAGAGAACUUGCAAUUGUCAUCGGAAUACAACAAACUACAAGAGUCCUACAAACACUUGGAAGCACUGAAGACAAAGCUGGCCAGCAGCGAGACAGCUUGGCGCAUGAACCUGACAGAUGCACAAAAAGAUGCAGAGAAGACGAAGCAGGAGGUGAGAGAGCCAUCUUCCUCGCCACUGUCUACGCUGCCUCUAACUACCUCAACACCUAAAGCAGUGCAGCAGUUUUUACCAGAGGCAAACAAGAUCCAGCUGCAGGAUGCUAAUGAAGAGCUGGUGAGACUGAGAGCCCAGUGUCAGGAAUACUCACAGAAAAUGGCUGUCCUGAGCAGGCAGGUCACCAGCAUGGAGACAGACUACUGCAAGUUGGCAGAGCGCAGCAAAAUGCUCUCCUUUUGCUCAAGCAUACCACUGCUGAUGCUGCUGUUUGCUAUCCUGAUCGCUCUGUAUCCUACUUUGGAGCACAUCACGGCUACCUACUCUUAAUGCUGGCAGCUCGUCUUCCUUUCUUCCCACAAUCCUCUGCCUUUCAGCCAUCUUAGAACAGUCAGGCCAGGACCUGGCUAUUGGACUUUCAGAGGAAAAUCAGAGGAAAAAGAAAGGUGAUUUUAUGAGUGCUGCAAGUUAUGUGCAUCUGCUGAUGGGGAUACUACAAUGAAAGGACUUUCAAGUGUUACCAGUUGCAGUCCUGGCUUCACAGGCAUGGAAGAGAAACUCAGCACCAAACCUAAGGAGAGCAAAUGGCUAGGAAACGUCUGUUGUGAAGAGAACUGUGCAUUAGAAGUUCGUUUCUUUCUCCAAGCCUCUCUCCUCUGACUUCCUUUCCUUGGCUGCAUGAAGUCCCGGGCUGUGAGUUUCGGAGGGAACAAAAGAAUGGAGCAUUGUAAGCCUUUCACUGUAAGUCUUGACCACCUGUGGCCUUCUUGGCGCGUGACAGCAUGCUAGGCAAUACACUGUUUGCCAAGGAGAUUACCUUGCAGAACCCUCUGCUCUGGACAUCGGUCUCUCGUGCAUUGAGAGAGCAGCAAUGGCAGCGUACUUCCAGGGAUCUGAUAAACAUGGAUGUGUUCUGUGAUUUCAUUGGUCACAAUCCUUUAGAUUUCAUUGGUCUCAUUGUUUUCACAUCCCCUGCCCCCUUUAUCCAAUGUGGAACCUAGCCAAGAGACUUGAUGACAUCUACCCAAUCAAAAAGGUCCAAAAGCUUAUCAACACUGGAAAUAAUUUAUAGAAUUAUGUUUGGAGUGAGUGAGUUUUCUUUGCACUCAAGUUGUUUCAUACUCUGUAUAAAAUAGCUGUUGUACAUAGUGGUGUCAGUGUACAAGAAUUAGGAUUUGUAUAUGUUCAGAGGCUAUGAAUGAUGAUGGUGUAGUGUAUUCCUAGAGAUUUUUGAGUGCAUAAUUUUCUUUAAAAAAAAACAACUUGAUGGAUAUUUUUCCACCUUGUUACUGUUCCUCAAUCUAACGUCAUGUCUUAAAAAGAAAUUAUUACAAUUUCAUUUAGCAUGAUUGGAAGAACUAUCAGUUUAUGAGAAAUGUCAUUUUAGAACAAUGCAAAAGGUUUUCUUUAUUUAAAAAAUUGUUUGCAUCACUUUGAAGACCACAAAGAAGAAAAACAGAAAGAGAACAAAAAUAGGAGAAGCAGGGCCUUCUUGCAAGAGAAUUCUUCAUAGGUUGUGUAGAAACUGUAUCCUAUUACAGUCCUUUUUUAUGAAUAUCUCCUAAGUCAAUGACCCUGGCUUGAUAAAACCUGUAAUUGAUGUAGGCCAGGGAGCUAGUAUGUGUUGGAGAUCCGGGCAUGCAGAUGAGAAACAAGGCAUUAAGAACAUUGUGAAAACAUGAGUUAGAUUAGACGAUAGCUGCAUGUCUAUUUCAAGAGCCUAGAAACAAAAGAUGCUGGAAACUGGAUGCAGUUAUAUUGAAAAGACAUGAUGGUAGAGCACAUGUUACAAUCAGAAUAAGCUUUAACAAGUCAGCACUAGCGGUGCUGAAGCAGACCAAAGAUGGAAACAUAUUUGUCCGAGGCUGAAGAGUGUUCAUGCACAUGAAGGCGUUUUCUUGAGAUUCUGGACUUAAACAGGUCAGCAUAGAUAUUAGGUUGCCAUGGAAAUGAGAACAGCCUGUGAACACAGAAAAAGUUGUUUCUUGUUGUCAAUACUAGAGAAAACACCAUUUGCGAGAAAAAAGAAAAUUGAAAUUAUGGAAGGGAACUCUGGUAAACAUGGAGGCAACAAAGGCAAGUAUAUUUCAAACUGGUAUUUAUAUUACUUAUUUUAAAUGCUUCCCAAAUUUCUCAUUUCAUCACAUUUCCACAUUACCCUUGAGUGUACUAAACAUGUUUAUAAGACUUCAUAUCUUUUACACAAUUGGUGAUCGCACAGGUGACAGUGUUGAACUUGCAAAGUAGCUUGAUAUGAAUAAACAGAUGGCCAUAUUGUAUAUGCAGCAAACAUAAGCAUCACAUGCACUCAGAUCUUCAUUGUGUUUGAAUUCUUUGAUCUGUGAUCAGGCCACUCUUGUCAUCUAUCGUAAACUUGUUUACCCAGACCUGAGGGACUGAUUUGUUGUUAGUAAUGUUUUGUUCAUUCUCAUCCUCUGCUAAAAGGAUAUCAUUCACAAAGGGAAAUUAUUCAUUCAUCGCAGCCAUAGAAAACCAUUGUGUGGUUAAUUUUUUUUUUAAAUUUAGUUUAGGUAGAAAUGGUAGAACAUGAAAAAUUGUUUUUUUUUAAUCCUGGUAAUUUCUUUUUUUAUAAGAUCCAAGAUACUUGUUUCAAAGCACACUUUUAAAGCACAAAUCUAUACAUUCCUUGAGCAGUAACCCGGCUGAAGGCAGUUGAUGAUAUUUGAAAAUUGAUGACCUCAACUAUCAAAGGGGACUUUCCUCUCAUCAGGUGUGUUUAUGAAGAAUACCAUUCACAUGCAUCAUGAGUGCAAUGCCUACCAGACUUUACAGCUUUCUUUGUUGAAUGCUUAAAGUCUGUACGUCUUGUUCAAUAAAAGAAUUAACUAACACUGUGACCAUAACAGGGAGAAGAGAUCAGAAUUCAGAAAAUAAAAAAAAAUGCACCAUAUUGUUUUUAAAAACUUUUGCAUCGCUCUCCUAUAACAGCUUCAACACAGUAUGAUUAAGCCUUGUGCAAGAGCUUGCUGUUGUCAUGUUGGCUGUAAUGUAGCAAUGGGGAAUUAAUAGAAUGUGCCCGAGUGUGCUGUCAGUUGAGGGAAGAAUCAAAUCGACUUUGGCAUACAGUAGGAUUUUUCAAAGUAACACAUUUUAACCAAGUAAGCUAGGUAAGAAGGUUGCUGGGAUAGUCCAGCUUGGACUUGGUAAUAGUGUUUUCGUGACAGUGACAUGUGUUUAAUUAGUCUAAUAAGAUAAAUCAGACUAACAGAUUUUUGCGUGCGUGUUAAAGGAAAAACUGUGUAAUCAGCUGGAGUGUAGUUUUCUCUGGCAUCCAUAGAUUAUAUCCCCUUUAAUCCCGCCCUCCAUCCCCUUGUUUUGAACGAGCAGGGCUGCUUUUCCAAAUUCAGUGACAAAAAAGCUGUGCACACUUCAGGCCUUCUAGAACAAAAUGCUUGGCUUCCUUUUUAGGUGACUAAUUAAAGAUUUUCUGCAAACAAAAUAACCUCACUGUGACCACCUGAAGAUGGGCAUUAGGAAUGUUUGGAGAAAAAUUACAGCCACUGACGGUUGUUUGUAUUUCUGUGUGCGAAAAUCUGGCAGAUGUCAGAUUGCAGAUCCACCAUGCUCUUUUGGUCAUACCUUGUUGUUUCUUUCGGUUUGUGGGGUCUCCUAAACACUGAUCUCUUGGCCGAAAUGAGGCAAACAGAAAGGAGCAAUGGUUCAGGUAGAGCCGUGUCGUCGCCAAGCAGUUAGUUCCUGGAGAUACCUUCUGUUUCUUUGUUUCUACUUCAUAAAGACAAGGUAGGCUGCCACGAAAAGAGCAUGUGUAUGUCUCGAUUCCAUGUCCGUGUUUUAAUGCCCCUUUCAUCUGCUGUCUCAUGUGCCUUAAAUAGAUGCCAGCUUGCUCCUGUAGACUUUUAUCGCUUUGCCUAGAGAGAUGUCACAGGGGAGGGUGUUGGAGUUAAUUUCUAGGUUUUGCUGCCAUUCUCUGUCAAGCAGAGAAGAACCUUGGUUGUGGGCAUUUCAGACAGCAUGUCUUUACUUUGUUAUCGCACAAGCUUUUUUUUUUUAAUCAUCAAUUUCACAACUGCUGCUUGCUUAAUUACCACCUUCAUAAAUUAGACACUCAGAACUGUCUUACAAGUUUUUGACAUAACCCAUGAAGGUCUUCAAGUACUGUGGAACAAGAGGGGCCUAAAACUACAUCACUUUAAAGCAGUCAUGCUGGGUGAUGAAUCCUACUUUGUUGUCUGCAUUCUUAAUUGUUCAAAUAACCACAUUUGUAUUCCAUAGUGAUUCUGUUCGUUCACUGACAUAAUGGAGAGACAAUUCAUCUCUUUGCACUUACAUUUCACAAGGAGUAUGCUACUUUCAUUUUAUUAUGAUAGUAAUAUCUAAGAGUGAUAGGCCUUAACUAAUGGUGGAUUAAAUUCCUAAAAAGUGCAUAGCUUAUUACCAUGUACAUCAAAAACAUCCUAAUCCCACCCUCUUUUCUGAUCCUGCCUGCAUGUACAAAUAUGCAGCCACCUGAAAUCAGCUUUCAAGAUUGCUGAUACUGUUUUAGUAAUGGUCAGGAAAUUUUGCAGAUCCUUCACCUGUCCCAGUAUGGAAGUUUCAUUUAUGUGGCAGACUUCUCAUGAUCAUGAUCACCAGAAACAAAUAAGUUUCAGCCUCAUUGAAAGAACUAGUUUUCCAGGCAUUUGCUGUUCUGUUGGCACACCCAGCUGCACCGUUAAAUACGAAAUCAAUCAGUGUGCAGAUUGUUUUCAUGACCCAGUGAUUUUAUCUUAAUGGCUUUUGCUAUUUUUGCAUCUGUUAUAUGCAGCAAACUGUACACCCAUCGGACAUGCUUGCCAUUAUCCAGGGUUUUCCUUCUUCUUUUAUAGCUCCAUAAUUCCCAGUCGUGGCACUCUUACCACAUUCACUUCUGUGAUUCCACACUAGAGCUUAUAUAAUGUGUACAGUAGGCUUACUUUCUGUCAAGCUUGUGUACACAUGGGGGAUGGCAUGGUUAUAAAAUUUACCAUUCUGAUCUUGCUGGGGUUUAUGAAAAAAUUAAUUUUAGUGUUACUUUGCAUGGAAGCAUUGUGAAAAAGCAAAACAGUGCAGACAGUUAAAAUAGGUAUUUUUACUUUUGAGAUUCACCGACAUUUUUGAACGUUUAAUUUGGAUAAAUAUGUUUUUCCUCAUUCAGUUGGCCUUGACAGGUUUGCAAAGGCUGUACAUCGAUAUUUAUUGUGAUAGACUGUUUUGAUAUGUUACAGAAUUUUCCCUAGUUUUGGCAUGUCACUGUAUGUAUUGUUUCACUGUGUAUAUAAGUAUGUAUAUAUGAAAUGUACACAUGCGAAUAGAAACAUAUAUAGAUAAGAUUAUUGCAGGCUUGACCCUGAUCUCUCAAAGUAAAGUUGAAUUUAUGUA